AUGAACAAAAGUAGGGGCGGCUGGCUUGACUGCUACUUUACGAGUGGAGGCUGGCUUGACCGCAGUGAAAAACCUUCACUUGAUUCACCGGGUGAGUCCAGAAAUGCUGCUAAAAUAUAACUUAAAGUUGCUAACUAUUACGUGCAGCCUUUUUUUUUUUCUGUCGCCGGCGCACCGAAUGUUUUCUUGUAUGCGGACAUUUGGAGCGAAUGUGUGUUUUGAAGGCAGACUCGCAGAGCGACCGAGCUGCGGCGGCGUCCUCAUGGCCGCAGUCUACUACGUGGGCGUGGACGUGGGCACCGCCAGCGUGAGGGCCGCCCUGGUGACCCGAGAGGGUCACUUGAAGAGGGCCGCUCAGGAGCCCGUCAGCAUCUGGGAGCCUCACCCUGACCAUUACGUGCAGUCCUCUCGCGAGAUCUGGGAGAAAUGCUGCGCCGUUGUCAAGGAAGUGACAAGGGGAGUGAACAAGAGCCAGGUGCGAGGGAUCGGUUUUGACGCUACCUGUUCCCUGGUGGUUUUGGACCAACGCUUCCAGCCUUUGGCAGUCAAUCAGGAUGGAAACGAGCAGAGGAACGUGGUGAUGUGGAUGGACCAUCGCGCCGCGGAGCAGGCCGCUCGCAUCACGGGCACAGGCCACGGCGUCCUGAGUCGGGUCGGAGGAGUCAUGUCGCCGGAGAUGCAACCGCCCAAGCUCCUCUGGCUCAAAGAGAAUCUCAGGGAAAGCUGCUGGAACAAAGCUGCUCACUUCUUUGACCUUCCAGACUUCCUCUCAUGGAAGGCCACCGGCUCGCUGACCAGAUCCCUUUGCACUCUGGUUUGUAAAUGGACGUACUGUCCCCCGGUGGGAUGGGACGUGACUUUUUGGACCGCAAUAGGACUGGAUGAUCUCACUGAAAACAACUUUACCAAAAUAGGCAACGUGACAUGUUCUCCGGGGAGUCCUCUUGGGGAUGGCCUGACUCAGGAGGCCGCAGCGGAGUUGGGUUUAGAUUUCGGAACUGCAGUUGGGGCCUCGCUCAUCGACGCUCACGCCGGAGGCCUUGCUGUGAUAGGAGCCGAUGUAAAAGGCUUUCGGCUGCCGUGUGAGGGCCAGCCAAUCACAUCACGCAUGGCCAUGAUCUGUGGGACAUCAUCCUGUCACAUGGCCAUCAGUGGGCAGCCGCUGUUUGUGCCAGGCGUGUGGGGUCCCUGCCUGUCUGCCAUGGUCCCGGACGUGUGGCUUAACGAGGGGGGCCAGAGUGCCACGGGACGCCUGAUUGACCACAUGGUGAAGGGCCAUGCCGCUUUCGCGCAGCUCCAGGAAAAGGCGCGGCAGAGAUGUCCCGCCACAGGAGACGACGGCAUCUACGGCUACCUGAACGACCACCUAAGCGGAAUGUCUUCGUCGUGUUCAGCCGUUGACUUGCUGGCCUCCAGUCUUCACGUGUGGCCAGACUUUCACGGGAACAGGUCCCCGCUGGCUGACCCCGCCUUGAAGGGCAUGGUGGUGGGACUGUCACUUUCUCAAACUCUGGAUGACUUGGCUUUGCUCUACUUGGCCACCAUGCAAGCCCUGGCGCUCGGUACACUUCAUAUACUGGAGGCCAUGAAAGAAGCUGGGCAUGACAUUAAAACCAUCUUCUUAUGUGGCGGAUUGAGCAAGAACAGCUUGUUUGUGCAGACUCACGCCAAUGCAACAGGCUUGCCUGUAGUGUUGCCACAACAGACCGAGGCUGUCUUAGUGGGAGCAGCAGUUCUUGGAGCGUGUGCGUCCCAGGACCAUGGCACUAUACAGGAGGCGAUGGCGAAAAUGGCUAAAGUGGGAAAAGUCAUUGAGCCUGAUUGCAGCCUGCACAGCUUUUACCAAAGGAAGUACAAAGUGUUCCGGCGCCUCGUUGACCACCAGAGGGAGUACCAGGACCUCAUGAACACUUUUGGGACAGAGUGUCACUCACUAUAACGACGAACACCACCAGGGAUCUACUCAAACAAAGACCACAUUGGGCUCCUCCAUGGCAGUUCUGCAAGUCUUUUCUAGGGUCCCUUCCAAUGGUCCUCCUCUCCCCCCGACUACUGCUGAUGUCAUAUUGCACAUUGGAGACAAUGCUUUUCAUACUCUGCUUUUCAUACUGUUAUGAUUUGCCAAUAAAGGUCAGUUAAACAAC